GGUCUCGGACUUCCUCUGCCACUGCAGCAGUAGGAGAGUCCGCUCAUCUCCCUGUUUCUGCAGGCACCAUCCCUGUUUACUCACACGUCAAACCCCCAGGACCUCCUCCCCUACACCCCCCCCCCCCCAACACCUCCCCUUCCCCUUUCACUCCAGAAAUAAUAUCUGCAUGACUGUCACAAAGAUGUCAUGGCGCCCACAGUACCGCAACUCCAAGUUCCGGAAUGUCUACGGCAAGGCCGCCAGCCGAGAACACUGCUUCGACGGCAUCUCCAUCACCAAGAACGUUCAUGACAACCACUUCUGUGCCAUCAACCCCAGGUUCCUCGCCAUUGUCACCGAGAGCGCUGGCGGAGGAUCCUUCCUCGUCAUUCCUCUGGAGCAGACGGGCCGAAUAGAUCCCCUAUACCCGAAGGUCUGCGGUCACCAGGGCAACGUGCUGGACAUUAAAUGGAACCCGUUCGUGGACAAUAUUUUAGCGUCUUGUUCAGAGGACUCCUCAGUGAGAUUAUGGGAGAUUCCUGAUGGUGGGCUGAAACGGAACAUGACAGAAGCUGUACUUGAACUAUAUGGACACAGUCGACGAGUUGGCCUUAUUGAGUGGCACCCCACAACCAAUAACAUCUUGUUCAGCGCAGGUUAUGAUUACAAGAUACUGAUCUGGAACCUGGACACCGGCGAGCCUGUGAAGAUGAUAGACUGUCAUACAGAUGUCAUCCUCUGCAUGUCCUUUAACACAGAUGGAAGCCUGUUCGCUACCACCUGCAAGGACAAGAGGCUACGAGUGAUUGAGCCACGGACUGGCAAAGUCCUACAGGAAGCAAAUUGCAAGAAUCACAAAGUGAACCGAGUGGUGAUCCUGGGGAACUCCAAGAGGCUGCUCACCACAGGCAUGUCCAGGUGGAACACCAGGCAGAUUGCCCUCUGGGAUCAGGAAGACUUAUCGAUGCCAAUAAAGGAGGAGGAAAUCGAUGGGCUCUCCGGACUCUUAUUUCCCUUCUAUGAUGUUGAUACCCACAUGCUUUACUUAGCUGGGAAGGGCGAUGGCAACAUUAGAUAUUAUGAAAUUAGCACGGAGAAACCGUACUUUCACUACCUGAUGGAAUAUCGUUCCCCUGCUCCACAAAAAGGGAUGGGUGUGAUGCCAAAACAUGGGCUGGAUGUCUCCAUCUGUGAGGUGUUCAGGUUUUAUAAGCUGGUUACGCUGAAAGGAAUAAUUGAACCCAUCUCCAUGAUAGUGCCAAGAAGGUCUGAAACCUACCAAGAGGAUAUCUACCCAAUGACGUCUGGGACUGAACCUGCACUCACAGCAGACGAGUGGCUCAGCGGCAUGAACAGAGAUCCAAUUCUCAUGUCUUUGAAGGAAGGUUACAAAUCAACAAACGUUGCUUUCAAGGUGCCUAAAAAGGACAAGAAGAGUGUCGUUGUAAACGGAAUUGAUCUGUUAGAAAACGUGCCUCCUCGGACAGAGAAUGAGCUCCUUCGAAUGUUCUUCCGACAGCAAGAUGAGAUCCGGAGACUGAAGGAGGAGUUGACACAGAAAGAUGUGAAAAUACGGCAAUUGGAAUUGGAGCUGAAAAACUUGCGAAACGUCCCAAAGAGCACUUGAGCUGACAGCUACUCCCUCAUCCCUCCUGCAAACCACUGAAAUACCAUAACCUGCAGGCUAUAAGACCCCCAGUACUAUAGGACCUGUUUUAAAAAAACGCGCACACAUAGAAUUCUUCCCCACCUUCCCGAAAGACAAGAUAAACUGGAAGUCACAUGUCUUUUUUUUAAAACAAAAAAAUUGUUCAGUUAUGUGCACAACCUAAUGCAAGAUCUGAGAUGGUAUAUGCACUGUGUCCCAGCAGGUACCUGGCGAGCUAAUUUCCUGUUCUCAUUAGCAACUUUGAGACAUAUAUUUAAAACAUUUCUGUGCUAGUGAACUGUUUUACAUUAAAUACUCCAAGGUGCCUCACAGAUUACGUCUUUGUGAGCUUUGCCCAUGCAGUUACUAGGGUUAAAGCUAAGUUUUAAUACGUGAACUUAGAACAAGAUCAGGCCAUUUGGUCCAUCAGAUCUACUCCUUGUACAGUCCAUGUAUCACUACCUCAAUCGUGGACUCUCCUGCUCAAUUUAAUCACAGUUGUGUUAGCUCCAUACCCCAAUAUUAAUCUCUAACUAGUGUAUCAGGGUAAUGACAGUACACAGGCUAAUGAAAGAACAUCGAACGUUGAGUCCGACUGGCUUUCAUACUGAGCUCAUUACUGUCUAAAAUUCAAGUGUCCCUACAAUGGAAAAACAGAUUCUCAAGAUCCAGAGUAGCUAUGGCAACAUUAGAAUGAAUUAUUGUUGCUCCAUUGAGUGAGCACUCUACAAAAUACCCCCCACCCCCCACCCCAUCACUUUAUUUCAACUCCAGCUAUGACAGAUAGGAUGGAAUUAUCCCUUCUGUAAGGCCCAAUCUGUUUCCACCUCUGCAAGGCCCAGUCUGACUCUCCCUCUGCAAGACCCAGUCUGACUCUCCCUCUGCAAGGCCCAAGCUGAUUCUCCCUCCGUAAGUCCCAGUCUGUCUCUUCCUCUGCAAGGCCCAGUCUGACCUCCCUCUGUAAGGCCCAGUCUGACUCCCUCUGCAAAGCCCAGUCUGUAUCUUCCUCUGUAAGGCCCAGUCUGACUCUCCCUCUGUAAGUUCCAGUCUGUCUCUUCCUCUGUAAGGCCCAGUCCAAUUCCCUCUUGUUUGGUGAACACACAACUCCAAACUGCCAACUGUGAGCUUUGCCCGUGCUACUAUUAGUGAUAAAGCCACAUUUUAAAAUAAGAGAACUCGGAUCAAGCACAGGCCAUUAAAUCUACUUACAGUUUGACUUUGAGCACUUUGAAGGCCUUAAGAUUGUCUAGUGUUGGAAGUGGAAAUGUCCAACUACGAUGCAGUAAAUUGAGGUUGUCCCUCAUGAUGAUGGUAGGUUGGAUGUGCCAUAUCUGAGCUGGGAGCUUGGGAAACAAGCAAUGGGUGAAAUGGAGCUGGUGACUCCAGACCUCCCCAGCACAGACAGUCUGUAAACAUUGAGUACAAAAAUAUCUCACCCCACACAACUUUAGUGAAUGGGGACAGCCAGAUACUGGGGCUCACCACAAAGAUUUUCUGCUGGAGGAAAUUGUUGAAAGAUUUGAUUAUAUAAACUUGAGUUUCCUUUAAAGAGGACGUUGCAAUCCCUUUUAGGGCUUUAGGCCCCAAAUUUAUUACUGCUCUGUGGGCAGUAGAUUCCACUUGAAAUAUAAUCUCGGCCUGACAUGAAGUCUGUCUUUUGAAUGAAUGUGUAUGUAGGAACAAGUCAGUUGUAAUAGCAAGUAUGAUCUCAAUGCAAAGGGUCUACACACAUAAAUAUUAGGCAGAAAGGUGAGUUGGGGCGACCGAAAACUACCUAGAACUCCUAUUUUGUCCUUGCCACCUUUGAGCUUGAACAGAAUAAUGUUUCCUCCAGCUGCCAAUUUCAAGGGUUGUAACAUGAAAUGAUCUUGGGCUGUGUCAGUUCCUGUCCCAGUUUGCUUGAUCCCUGUUCAACACCAAACACUUGAGAAGGCCAUUGUGUGGCCAAUGGAAAUACUGAAACUCUGAACCAGGAAGAGGAUGUUGUUUGAGCUUGGUGUCUGAGAUCCAUUGUUGGGGUAGAGUGGAGGGGAUGUCACAGUUCCGUCCAAAGCUGUACUUGAUGAACUUUGACCCUUUUCAUAAGAAAGGAGCCAAUCACGUUGCAGAAUGGGAGAAUGUGCUGUCAAAAUUGUGUUUACAUUUUCUCCACUUUCCUGCAGCAGAUAGUGAAAUCAACAUAGAAAUCAUCAUAGAAUCGCAACACUGUGUAAAUGUCCUCAUUCACCUUUCACAUAAUAUCUAGGAACAUGUAGCAAGACUAGAGAGCCCUGUUCUGGCUGAUUACAAUACACUACCUCCAAUUACACUACCUUCUCAUCUUCAAUUGGUUUGAAUUAUACACCUGAUCCCAGAUGAAGCCUAAGCUAUGAAUGAGAUGAAGUGAACACUAUGAACUAUAUACUCAUAACUGCUUGAUGGUACAGUUCUUGAAUGUUGUUGAAAAGAAAGACAUGUGACUGAAGCUUUUCCUCUGGAAACAUCAGGACACAUGCAAGAAUGCCAGAUUUCAAGUGUUCACAAUAAUUUAUACUGCAGGAGAAAAGAGUGCUAAUGGGAUGACUGAUUGAUUCAGAUUGUUGCGAUUACUUGAAAUUUGGCAUUCUUGUGUUUGUCUUGAUGAAUACAGGAGAAGAAGAUGUAGUCAACUGUCUCUCUUACAAAAGUUAUGGUAAUUGCAAGAUUUAUUCAACUUCUGAAAAUAAAAGCAGGCCUCUUCCAUACAAUUGAAUUAUUUUGCAAAACACUAUAUAGGAUGGAGCACUAUCACUGAUGCUCUGAUUAGCUUCUUGUUCCCAGACAGACUCUGACUGAACCAUUGGCAAGAUUUCAGCUAACAUCUGACCCCAAUUCCUGAAGAGAUAUUCUUGAACAAAGAGCAUUGAUAAUAUAUGGGGAAGAUGCUGAUAUUGUCAAAACGUGGUCCAUGAAAAUAUAACUUGGGGCAGUUAGAAAUGUUAUAACUUAUUAUCAUUCCACAAAGUCAAGAUUUUCCCCUCUGCCUUUCCAACUCCAAGUUGCCAAUCUAGCAGAUUUUUUGAACAAUCACUUGGACGUCAAUUAGAUUAGAAUGUGUGAAUUGAAUGGGUGGCUAAAUGUUCCAAACACUAUGAACACCUUGUGACUGCCAAUAUUACAGUCAGUGUGGUGAGCAACCAGAGACAUAAUUAGACUAACACUUUUGCACUUUGCAAACUCCACCACAUUUAACAGGAUUAAGACACAGAUACAUGUUUGGCAUAACAGACUAGAAUAUUUAUUCAAUAUAGUCACAAAUGUGAACAAGUCUGAUAAAUAAUCCAUCAUCAUGUCUCCCCAACAGUCCACAGGAUCUGAGUUUGCCUGCUUGUUAAAUGGGUCUAGUUUUCAGCUUUUGUGAGAAGGUCAGUGAGGAUCAUACAGUAGAGAGAGAUGAAAAGUGAUUCCAAGAAGGUGUAGCCUGCAAACCCAUCUCCUCCCCCAUAGCCUCCUCACUUUGUUCUCUGGUUUCGAAGACCCACAGAGAAGGUCGGUGAAAGAUCUUUUGCAUUUAUCAGUAUUUGCCUGAUCAACCUGUUCACAGAUGCUCUUUUGUACCUCCCUAGCAGGUGGGACUUGAAUCUGGGCCUCCUGGCUCAGAUGUAGGACACUACUGCUGUACCACAAGAGCCCUCCACUUGUUCUUAUACUAUGGUUUCUCAUGGAGUCCUGCAACUUUUCACAUUGAAUUAAUGUUGAAAUGAAGUCAGUGCUGUCAUUGGAGGCAAGCUCAGUAGCAUAGUUAGACAAAACAAGAUCCCAUGAUCAGCAGUCGAGAUGAAUGAUGGGUAAUUUUAUGUUGGCUGCAGCAGGGAAUGUUGGACAGAAACUUCCUGCUAUAAGUAUUGCCAUGGGGUCUUGUGAGUCUAUCCAGACAGAUGGAGUCUCCAGGGCUAGGAUGUAGUCUUCAGGAAUUCAAGAUUCACCUGCUGUGCAGGCUGUGAAAACCAUUGCCAAAGCAUUUUUAAGAAAAACUCAUUUACUGUAAUCACUCAGUUGUAAAGAUAUUGGAGAUGGGACAUGAAAGGUGUGUUUGCUUGAGGGAGCUGGUUGAAGACAGUCCAUUGCAUGAAUCAUUCAAGUGGGCAUUCGAUGAUAAUUGUGAUAGAAAGGGCAAGCAAGAGUAUGGAGCAAAGGCAAGAGAUUGGCACUUGGUCAUCAAACUAGUACAGGCACAAUGGGCCAAACAGCCUCCAUCAGAGCAAUUCUAUGAUUCUGCUCAGGAAUUCCAAUAAGAGUUGGCAACCUUUCAGUGUGUGUGUGUGUGUGUGUGUGUGUGUGUGUGUGUGUGUGUGUGGUUGCCCCUGGAAAUGAGGAGGAUGCUUACUGCUGUCAGGUAGCUGUGCAUUGUGUCUUGUAAUGCAGGCAGACUGCUGUGCUGUAACGACCACCCAAUCCUGGCUGGCCAGCAGCACACUCUCAUCCAGCCUCCGAAAUAUUUAUAUGGCAGAAUUUAUAGUGUGAUAACCAGUCUGCUUGGUUGCAGUACUCCACUGUUUCAGUGGCAAUGAAGCCCUGAUAUGAGACCUCACCUGGACCUUCUGGCCCAGAGGAAGGGAUAUUACCCACUGGCACCGGAAGACAUCCUGUUGCCUUUCAAUUUACUGUCCCAUCUAAAAGAUGGCUUGCCCAUCAAAGGACAACUGCUCUUGGUGGCUUCAGCCUAGACCCAGCCGAGACCCAGGCUGAAGCUCUGGAGUGAGGUUUCAUCCCAAAACUUCAGGUUCCCCACAAUAUGUCAUCUUGUAAAGUGCCAACGCCAACACACAGCCUCAGCUGUAGGGAGCACAGGCUGACAAUUCCGGCAUGCAGUCUGCUCCAGUAGCUAGUCGUCAAUUUGGGGUUGGUUCACCAAACCAAACACAAGCAAUGGAUUGGAGAAUUACAAAGACAAGGCCAAGGAGGGAAUUAUGGUAUUUGGUUUAGAAGAUAAUAGUCUUUAAGGUAUUAGGACCAUGGGUAUGCUGUGCUCAGGAUCAUAUGUGUGAUGGAGGAUCAGUGGGACGAGUUUAGUUUGGGAAAUUUGGUCAGCAUGGACGAGUUGGACAGAAGAGCCUGUUUCUGUGCUGUAUGACUUUCUAACUCCAUAUGUAGCUAGAGGGGGAUUGUAGAGAUUUGGUGCACGUGCUCUGUUGGGGGCAGAGCAAAUCUUUGCCUAACCUUCCCUCAGAAUUGGCAGAGUCAGUGGCAGAGCAGAAGGUACCACUGUUAUUCCUGGGAUUGAUUUAUUAAUGUGGAAUAGCACAAGCCUUCAGUCCUGUAGCUCAGAGGACAUCUACCCACCUCCAUCUAUCAGUGGAGGGGUGAUUCCCCUUCACUGUUCCAACAUUUCCAAAAUAUCAGAUUGCCUGGAGGCUGUUCAUUCACAGAUCAAGAGUAAGACUAUGUCUUUGACUCAAACUUUGAGUGAGAAGUUGGGCCUCACGUUUACUGUCUAUUUCAAAGGGCACUGUCCUAUCUUCAAACAACAUCAGAAUUCCCGCACAUCAAAUGAACAGGUACAUAGAUGAUAAACCACCUUGAAUGUUCCUAUGAAUAUUAAUAAGUAUAUUUUUUCUCCUGUUUUUGACAUUCCCAAAUAUCAGAGGCUGAGCAUGUUUUCUGUGGACAGGUCAUUUCCCUGCAGCUCAGUAAUGGGAGUCUUGGCACUGAUUACCCAUAGAGCCAAAGUACAUACAGGAGCCACCAUACCUAACUGCCCGGUCUGCUCUACAAUUCAUUCUUGAUUAUGCCAACAGGUGACAGUACACAAAUGUUCCUCGAGCCAAAUAUUAUCGCUGGGAGAAAUUAAAUAAUAAUUGUAGAUAUUUUAAAAUUGAUCUGUUUUGAUAUGCUCUUACACACCUCUGGAGAUGGUGUGACUUGUAUCCAAGUUCUUCUGGUUCAGAAGUGGGGACACUGCCACAGUUUCCCCUCGAAACCGCAACCGAGACAGCAAUUAUUAAAAUAUUGAAUGCAGAGAGCACUUGAAGGGGCAGAGUUAACAUGGCAAAUUCUCUGCUUAGUAGAAAAGAGACUCAGGGCUCAUGUGGUACAGUGGCAAUGUACUGGCCUCUGAGCCAGGAGGCCCAGGUUUAAGUCCCAACUGCUUCAGAGAUGUGUAAUAACUUCUCUGAAUAGGUUGAUUCAGAAAGUAUCUAGAAAAGAGCUUGAAUGCUCAGGAACAUUUCAAAUGAGUUCACUUCCUCAAUGUGUUGAAUGUUACACAAUGAAGCACACGCCUCCAUUUAUAUGGACUUGCUUGAACCUCUCUGGAUCAUGGACGUUCUCAACAAAUAGUGGCAAGCUAAUGUUCAAACGUCAUAACCAGUAUAAAUGAAUUGGCCAACUCUGAGUGAAAGAGCCAGGUUUGAGUCACUUUGACCGUGUCAGUGUAGACCUGGGGAACAACUCCGCAAUACCCACCUGUUUCUGAGUUCUUCAUCCCCACCCCACCCCCAACCCCGUGAAAUGUAGUUAUUGCCUUCAAUCUUGAUAUUUUAUAAAAAGGUGAAGAGAAAUCUAAAGAGUAGCAGCUGGCCUGAAGUUAGCAAUUAUACCAUUUGAUACAGAACUGAAUAAUGCAGGUCAGGAAUGAAUCUACUCUGAUUUUCUGUCUGUACAGGGUUUGCUGUGAAGCAGUUGGGUAUAAUCAGGUGGGUGUGUGCAUUAAUAGGGCUACAGGCAAUAAAUAAAAUGAGAUCAGAAUAAUUCCUGCUGAGUAUCUGCAGCAUUUUCUGUCGUCAACGCUAACUAUAUCUGAAUAAUAUCCAAAAACCUUACACCUGUCAGAAACCUACAAUGUAAAAAUUUGUUUUAUAACAGGAACUGUCUAUGCAAUCUUGUCACAGUGCAAAUGCACCCAGGGUUUAUCAGUGACAGUUCCCAUUAUAGAUAUGGAUAUAGGAAUUCACAAUGGAGGUAUGAAAAUGAAGACAAGAUGGAGACUGAAAUAACCCUGAUCCACUUAUGAUACCUCACUCAUAACCCUCUUCACCCAAAAGCUUGUUUGUGACUGUCAGUGUGACCAACUAACAAUACGAUAUUAAUAAAUGAAUCCACAAAUACUGUAAUGUCGAGAAUUUCUGGCUCAGUUUGAGCUGAUUCUGUAUUUGGCCCUCAGGCUGAGACCAAGGUGUAGUCGCUCUCUGAGCGACUGCCUGGGAGACCAGAAGACAUGCUGUGAAACCCACCACCCCAACACGUUGUUACUACACUGUAUCUUGCACUCACAAAAUACUGUUCAUGUUCUGUGCUGAGUAACAAUUAAGAAUAUGCAGAGAUAAACUGCGAAUGUAGAAAGGUACACACGUAAUAUGCUUUCGAGAAAAUACGGCCAUUAUCUAACUAUGGUUGACACAAUCUCAUUGAUUCAUGGGUAACUUACACUGUCAUCUCGUUUUGCCUGGGCUGAAGAGGUCUGUUUAUCUGUGGAAGUCUAUAUUUUCACUGGAGGAAAUCUGGGGAGAAAUCUAAUUAUUUCAGUCCAUGUGCCCAGCAUCAAGUAUUAAGACUAUUGCUGGGACAAACAUAUGCUUGGGAGCAGUGAGUUUUGCAGUAAAAUGAAAACUUAGCAGGGAAGUCAUGGUAACAUCGUGAUCCCAGAGUGAUUGUGAUAAAGGAUUAUGAAAAGAAAAACUCUUUUAGCAAAGAAUAGACACUGAAGAAAUAGGCUGAGAUUCCAGGAUCUAAACCAGCCAACGCAGGCAACAGAGACAGACUUUCACAUGAGGUAAUGCUAAUUGGCCAGACUUCGUGGGGGUAGGCAAGUUAGAUAAUGUUGAUGCCUUUUUGGAUAGUGAGGCGAUGAAUUAGCCACCCCUUUGUGAGAAUUGUUCAGAAUAGAUGGUAGUUAAAGACUCUGUGAUAUGUAUGCACUGUACAUUUUAUUUUUGCCUAUGUAUAAUGUUCUACCUUGCCAUCAUUGUGUAAUGUGAAUACUCAUUUCUUCAACUAAUAAAAGUCCUGGUCACUGUGAUUUUACCUUUCUAAAAAUCACAU